AUGCUAAGGUAUCCUCAGAUUUCACUUGAAAAAAUUGCAGAAAAUUGCCCUUUCUGCUGCAGGAAUUGCAACUGUAACGCAUGCUUGCAUACCAGUAGAAGUCUCAAGACCUUUCAGCGGGAGGUUACAAAACAAGAAAAGGCCCGAUAUGCUCAGUAUUUGAUCCACUGUCUCCUUCCCUUUCUGGAAAAAAUACAUGAAGAACAAUCUGAAGAGGUUGAAAUUGAGGCUAGACUUAAAGGGUCAACCUCAUCUGAAAUUGAACUGCCACUAGCAAAUUGUCACAAUGAUGAGCGUGUCUACUGUGACAAUUGUGCCACUUCAAUUGCUGAUCUUCACAGAAGUUGCCCAAAUUGUUGUUAUGAGCUUUGUCUCAGUUGUUGUUGGGAGCUUCGUGAGGGAAACCUUUUAGGAGGUCCCAAGGAAGUUGCUAUCCUUUAUCCUAACAGAGGAUAUGAUUAUAUGCAAGGUGGAGAUCCUCUUCCAGUUUCUACUCUUGCGAAUAGAUCUACAGAUCAUCCUGAUUUGUUGACUGAAUGGAAAGCCAACAAUGAUGGAAGCAUUCCAUGUCCUCCAGAGGAAUUGGGUGGCUGUGGUCGUGGCAGAUUGGAGCUUAAGCAAAUAUUUCCAAAACACUGGGUUUCAGAUUUAGUAGUGGCUGCAAAAGAAAUAGUAAGGGGAUAUGCAAUUGAACAAAACCCCUCCAAGCAAAACUGUUGCAAGGGCACUGAGAUGUCAAGGAAAGCGGCUUCAAGAAAAGGCUCAAAGGAUAAUUGCUUGUACUGUCCAGCUGCAAAAGACAUUCUCCAGGAUGAAGAACUAGUAAACUUCCAGAGGCAUUGGGUCAAUGGUGAGCCUGUUAUUGUUCGCAAUGUGCUUGAACAGACGUCUGGUUUGAGUUGGGAGCCAAUGGUUAUGUGGCGUGCAUUAUGUGGAAAUGUGGAUACAAAGAAUGGAUCUAAACAGUCUCAAGUGAGAGCCAUCGAUUGUCUUGCUAGUUGUGAGGUUGAGAUUAACACUUGUAAGUUUUUCAGAGGGUAUACAGAGGGCAGAACAUAUGACGAUCUUUGGCCUGAGAUGCUUAAGCUGAAGGACUAUCCUCCAUCUGAUAAAUUUGAGGAUCUCUUGCCACGCCAUUUUGAUGAAUUCAUCAGUGCAUUGCCCCUUCAGGAAUACACAGAUCCAAAGUCCGGAUUACUUAACCUUGCUGCAAAACUGCCACAGGAUACCCUAAAGCCAGACUUGGGACCAAAGACAUAUAUUGCUUAUGGGAUUGCUGAAGAGCUUGGAAGAGGAGAUUCUGUUACUAAGCUUCAUUGUGACUUGUCAGAUGCGGUGAAUAUUUUAACACACACAACAGAAAUAGUGCUGACUGAUGAACAGCACACCUCUAUAAAGAAGUUGAAAAAGAAACAUAGAGCUCAAGAUGAAAGGGAAUUUGAAACUAAUGAAACAACCGAGGUUUCAAAGGAAGAUCAUGAGGAAGAGUCUAAUUUUCCUGGCUUUCCCACAGAAGGACAGAGUGAGGCAGCAGGUGGUGCUUUGUGGGACAUCUUCCGGAGAGAAGAUGUUGGGAAACUACAGGCUUAUCUCAGAAAGCAUUACAAGGAAUUUAGGCAUACUUAUUGUUCUCCAAUUGAACAGGUCAUUCAUCCUAUUCAUGACCAAGCUUUCUAUUUGACAUUUGAGCACAAAAAAAAGUUGAAGGAAGAGUUUGGGGUUGAACCAUGGACGUUUGAGCAAAGAGUUGGAGAGGCUGUAUUUAUUCCUGCUGGAUGUCCACAUCAAGUCAGAAAUCUCAAGUCGUGCACCAAGGUUGCUCUUGACUUUGUCUCACCUGAAAAUGUCCACCAAUGUUUUCAGUUGACAAAUGAGUUCCGACAACUUCCCAAAAAUCACAGGGCCAGAGAAGACAAGCUAGAGAUAAAGAAGAUGACUCUUCAUGCUGUCUACCAAGCUGUGAAAGACUUCCAAAACCUUAUGCCCAUCCAAAAGUGAGUCUCCAGCUAGCAAUGAGAAAUGCUAAGUUCUCUCAGAGUAAGGUGAAAAUCCAAAUAUCUACUGCUAUGGCAGUAGGACCUACGUAAACAUCUUGUUUGCCAGUUCGAUUCAUGUAUCAUCUUCAGUUUUCCUUGUUUCAGAGUAAUUAAUUUACCUAUAUUUGCGAAUGUUGGUUGUUGAGAGUUCUAAUCCUGGGGAAGCACUGUAAUUGUAUAUGAGCCCAAGGCAUUUUUGACAUUCUUGUAAUUAGCAACAAACCUUAUAUCAA